AUGGAGCACAUACCUUUGCCAGUUCUUUCAUUUAUUUUAUCAAUUGUUGGGUCUUGGAAUCACAUUGUAGCACUCGCAGUGGUAUGCAAGAGAUGAAAGAAGGCCAUUGAAAAUGCAGAGCAUUACAUAACCUUUCAAGGAUCAAGGAAUCCAAAACUGAUUCCUGGCAAUGCACAAAUUUCAGAUUGCUUACUUCGAUUUGCAAAAGGCUGAAAGAUUGCUUCUUUAGACUUGAAAAAUACCCAAAUCUCCGAAUUCAUUUUAGCCGAGCUCAUCAUUUUGCAGCCUUGACUAAUCAAAAUUGACAUUUCAAACACCACUUCAGUCAAAUUUGAGGAUCUUUUGAAUUACAUAGCAGAAAAGCUAGAAGCCCAUGGACUGCCAAGCAACUCGAGCUUUAAUUUAAAAGAAAUUCGUCUUCCUAUGCACGAAAUCUCAUCAUGACCUACUGAAAAUUUUCUAAAACUCAUUAAUUUUUUCCCAAAUUUGGUUAAAUUUUAUGCUGGACAACUGCAGGUGUCAUAUGAGGACUUCAAACUUAUAGUAGAUAAGCUGGAAAAGCUUGAAAUUUUAUUCUGCUCAAUCCCGAAAAACGCAAUUGACGAGUUUUAUCAAACAACGGAAAUCCAAUGAUCCAAUAUGCUAAAAAAGUCUGCACUAAAGAUUCUAUUCCUGGGAUCUGCUAAGCUUUUAACUCAAAAUCUGAAAAUUCCAAAAAUUACAGUUAUAUCAGAUGAUAUUUUCAGCAUUUUACAAAGCUUGAAAUCCAAAGAUGACUUAAUAAACCUGGAAACCUGGCUAAAUCUUGGAGGAGAUGUGAAUUAUUAUGCCCAAAACGCAGAUGAGGAACCCAUCAUAGUCUUUUUUCCGUGGAAGUCUGAUGAAGAUUUAAUGGUUGAAGCUUAUAGACUAAUGAUAAUGCAUGGACUUGACUUAUCAAAGCAUGACACUUAUUCUGUAACGUCUUGAUAUAAUUAAAUUGCUUCUGGGGUGGCCAUAUUGGCUAUGUAUCAUCAAGGAUCCUUUAGGCUCAUCCGCUUUGCGAUAUUCCUGCUGGCGCUUUAGCAGCUGCCUCAAACACUAUUUUGCUCCUCCUCCAAACUCUCCAUAACAUCUAGAAAAUCGGCGGAUGAGAACGACUACUCCUUGCGGCUCUAGUGCUGGGUGGCGGACUAUGGACCUCUGCGGAUCUUUAUUGAGCAAUUGAAAGCUAGUUUGGUCCAAGGAGAAGCAACCUGAGUCUAACUGACAUUGGGUGCCUGCGCUAAGUAUUUAGAGAAAAAAUCUGGACCUAGGCCACAACCCUGGUAUCAUAAUGAGUUCCACCUUCAGGUCAAGAAGGAUACUGCCAGGUUAUCAAACCUGGCUGAGCCUAUCUAGCUCUACUGCUAAGCUUGACAGUUGGCUCUACCUGGCAGUCUGGUUCCGCCUGCCUCUACUGGCUCAACCUGGCCAUCUGGCCAUCUGGCCAUCUGGACAUCUGGCAGUCUGGUUUUACUUGGCUUUACCUCAAGUUCUAUAGGGAUUUCAUGUAUAUUAAUAGUAUUUUGUAACGAUGACCAUCUAAUAUUAAAUCAAAAAAAAAUAUAUUUAAUUACAAUUCUUUAAUUGCUGGGCUUGUGCAUUGUAUUUAAAAUCGCUCUAUAGUUUUAUAAUAAAUAAUUUUAUUAGCUACAAAUAAAGUAGAGAUACAUAGAGAAAAAAUGAUAAAAAUCUAAGAGAAUUUUAAUUAUCAAUUUAUUUCAUCUUUUUAAAUUUAGAAACAAAAAUAUUGACGUAGAGAAAAACUAAAUUUUAUGUCGAAAAAAUAUAAAUACAAAAAAUUUAAGAAAUUAUGCGUUAUCUGAUCUAUUGCUCGGUUUGUCAUUAAUAAAUAAACCCAUUAAAAUUCUUAUUUUAAUUAUACUAUAAAGUAGUCAUAGGAAAUAAGACAAAGCCUGCCCGAAAUACAUAAACCCAUAUAAGACUGGAGUCUCGGCUGAUUUCUCACCCAGUUCAGCUAGAGAGGUUAAGAAAUAUUGCCAAGAGGUCGUUAUUUUUAUUUAUAUUAUUCUGUGACAUCAACAUAUUUAAAUGCGGCCAUAGAAAAUAAUUAUAAAGAACUCGCAAAGCUUUUUAUUCACUGCGGAGUUGAUGCAUGACCCAUAAACCGAUAUAACUCAAUUGAGUUGCCAGCCAUGGCUUUUGCAGCAGCAAAAGGAGACCCUUCAUGGAUUCAACUAUUAAUUGAUGAAAAGAUCCCUAUAAAUUGUGGACCUCGGUAUUGUAGCCCUCUAUGCCUGGCAGUUAAAUGGCGCAACGCUGUGACUUUUAAAUUCCUCUGCAGGGCUCCAUGUCAAAUGAUCAUAUACUUUUGAUUGUGUACAUUUCAUCGAAAUACAUUUGUCAGAAUUUUUUAAAUAGAGUGACGUUUAAUCAAAAUUUAUGGGAUUUUUAGUGAAAUGUCUUCACUAUCAAAAAGAUUUUAACCAAUUUUUGACCAAAUGACUUCAAUGAAAUUUUACACUAUCAAAAGUGCACGAUCGUUGGACCUACACCCUCCUCUGUAAUAAUUUUGAACAGGAUUUCCGUUGCCCAAUCCACAAAAAUUUAAUGCUUAAUAAUGUAGUGUUUCUUAAAGAAGCACUAAAAGAAAGGAAUUUUCACAUUCCCAGUGUUAUUUUAUAUGAGGUUGCUCAGUAUUCUAUUGAGUUUGAUAAAUACGAUGAUUCUUUGCUCUUUAUUACCAUUUUAGCAGAAAAAGGAGUGGCUAGCCAAGAACAAGAAAUUUUAAAUGAAAUAUGAAGCCAGCCCAAUCAGUGAUUUGGAGAUGCAGCAUCAAAACCAUUAAUGUAUUUACCCCUUCCUCAAGACCUAUGGCAAAUUUAUUUUUUAAAAAAAAUUCUGAAGUAAAAAAUUGAAAAAAAUCUAUGCAAACUAUCUGAAUUUAAAAAAAUUAGCUAGAAAUCUCAUUAUAAGAAUUAUUAAUUAGAUAAAAGUUUUUAUAUUAAAAUUUGUAUUCUGGGAUUAAAUUCCAAAUUUUUUGUUGCCCUUAAAGGUAAAGUUAGCAGCAAAGAAAAAAGCUAAAAUCAUAUUGGAAAAACUAAUUGAGUUAAAAUUUGAUAUAAAUAUUCGUGAUGAAUUUGGAAGAACUUGCGUAAGUGCUGCAACAAUAUAUGGCUAUUUUGAUGUUAUUAGCUAUUUGCUUGAAAAUGGUGCAAAUAUUAAUCUUUGUGAUAAUUCUGGGAAUUCGCCUCUUCAUUAUGCAGCAAAAAAUAAGUAUAUCGAGAUUUUUCAGUUUCUUAUCCAGCAUAAUGCAGAUUUGGGUAAGCAUAAUAAUGAUGGAAAAACCCCUUUGAUGCUUGCUAAAAUUCAAAAGGAAAAUGAAAUUGUUCAGAUUUUUGAAAAAAAUAAAAAUUCUGAUGAAUCAAAAUGCAUCAUAUUCUAG